AAACAUUAAUUACAAUAUUACCAAAAACAUUAAUCAAGAAAGUUUAUUACAUAUCACUUGAUAAAUUUAUUUUUAAUGUAAACAGAAGUAUUAGGCGACAAAAAUGAUUGCGAGACCUUGGACGGAUGAUUUACCGAAAUGUCGGAAUACUUGCGUAGCGUCCUAUUUCUCCCCAUUAGAUGGAAAUCCAAGUUCAAAUGACGAUUAUUUUUGUUUUUAUUGUCACACAGAAGAUAAUUCAUGCCUAUAUGGAGUGUUUGAGCCCCACAAUGGAUUGGAUGCAGCGAGGUUUAUCAUGCAGCGAAUGGCUGCUGAGAUUUUAUUUGCUCCACCGUCGAGUAGCAAUACUGAUGAAGAAAUUAGAGAAAAAUUAAGGAAUGCUUUUGUGUCCGUGGAGAACGCGUACAUAGAGAACUAUGAUGGCAUGAUCGCUGAACGAACGAGCUUACAAUACAGGCUUCAGAUAUUAAAAGGGCACACGCAAUCAACACAGAUGUCUGAUAACAUACUUUUUCGUUUAAAAGAAAUUGACCAACACCUCUCCGGAGGGGCCACUGUUGUUAUAGCCCUCGUACACAACAAUAAGUUGUAUGUUGCUAAUGUUGGUGAGACCCGAGCGUUGUUAUGCAGGACCGAUGAUAACUCAGUGUUGAGAGUUGUACAGCUGACCGUUGAUCACAGUUUGAACAAUGAGGAUGAAUUAUUGAGGCUUUCACAGCUGGGUUUAGAUGUGAAUAAACUUAGAAACGCACAAUACCUAGGCAAUCAGACUGGAACAAGAUGCCUAGGUAACUACCUAGUGAAAGGGCUGUACAAAGCCUUCCCAACUAUAAGCGCUGCUUCUUCAGAACCAGUGGUAGCAGCUCCUGAGAUACAUGGACCUAUUGCUUUAGACGAAUCUUGCAGAUUCCUCGUCCUAGUCAGUGCUGGUGUUUACAAACGCAUACAAGAAGUUCGGGGUAACAGCGAACAGACGAAUAAACAACUGUCCCAAAUUAUAGUAGAGAACUUCCGGAAGCAAUCAGAAUUCAAAAGAGUCAGUCAAUCCGUUCUAGAAGAAAUUGAAGAAGAAUUCUUAUCUUACUGUUUAAAGAAUAGCUUAACGCCUAAACCGAAUACCCAUGUUACUUUAUUGAUACGUAAUUUCAAUUUCCUCCCCCCCAUCCCCCAAAAUGAUGCAAUAAAUACGGUUCAGAAACAAAACGCAUCUGUCAGAUUCAAUCCGAUCGUUCAAUCUAAAUCAAAUACGUUUUUGAACGAAAUGGAUUCUGAACCGUACUCGCCUGGAUCGAAUGAUUUCGAUAAAAACGAUUCGAAUAUCGAUACGAAUCGAUCAAUCGAAUCGUCAUCCGAUAUAUAUCCUAUUAGACCAUAUGAUAAGGACAGACGAAUUAAAGGUUAUGUAGACUUUUCUUGUUAUUAUGAAAAUGUCGAAAAGGCCAGGAAAAAUGGUACUUUGCCUAGUUUUAUUAAAUAGAUUAAAAAGAAAA